AUGUCAUGCUUUCACCUAGAAAACAAAUUUACUGCUUUUGAUUCCAAGAAGUUGUUGCGACUUGCUCAAUUUUUUCCUAAUGAAUUUUCAAGUAGUGAUUUAUUAUUUUGGGGCAUAAUAAAUUUGAAAGAGCUUUCUAUAAAACAUAUUGAGUUGAAGAAGCAUUUGACACAUGUGAAGGUAUAUCUUCUUUUGAAAUUGGUGUUGACUCUUCCAAUGGUGACAACAUUAGUUGAAAGUUCAUUUUCUGCUAUGACAUUUAUCAAGAAUAAACUCCAUAAUAGUAUGGGUGAUAAGUUUCUAAAUGAUAAUUUGUCACUUAUUCGGAGCAGGAUUUAUUUGAAAAUGUUCAUAAUAAAGAUAUUUGCUAGACAAUUUAAACAUAUGAAACCUCGUCGAAAUGGCCCUAUUCUUUCAAGUUAUGUUUUACUUGUUAUGAGAAUCAAGACGCUUUUAUUAGGCUCGCAAACCUAUGUUUCAAAUCCUAGGUCAACCAUUUUCAGCCUCAUUCGAAAAUCCUUUCUUCCUGCCAUUUCCAGCGGUAAAUCCAUUCUUGUAUCUCCUCAAUUCGCUCCCAUCCACCUCGUCUAA